UUCAUUCGUCGCGAGUGUGUUAAUUUUGUUAGAACCUGCGCUCUGUUCUAAUUAUUAUUAUUUCUUAAUAUUAGUUAUUAUUAAUUUUUACUUAAGUCUUUGAAGUUUUGCCUUAAUUGUUAUUUUUUAAAUAUUAUUACAUAAAACGACUUUAUGUGGUACUCUUGCGUUUAGACGGGAGCCAUCUUGCAAUCUCUAAUCAAAGGUCCUUGGCUCACCGUUUCGUUGUCUAGUUGAAAGUCAGUUUAUUCAAUCAUAUAAUAAUCAAAUGGCGUUAAAACGAAUUAAUAGGGAAUUACAAGAUCUGGGUCGAGACCCCCCAGCACAAUGUUCCGCAGGACCACACGGGGAAGAUCUAUUCCACUGGCAGGCCACAAUUAUGGGUCCAGUGGACAGUCCUUACCAGGGUGGAGUGUUCUUUCUGACCAUACAUUUCCCUACAGACUAUCCAUUUAAACCACCAAAGGUUGCGUUCACGACACGUAUCUAUCACCCCAACAUAAACAGUAAUGGUUCCAUUUGUCUUGACAUCUUGCGUUCACAAUGGUCGCCAGCUCUUACUAUAUCCAAAGUGUUGCUGUCAAUUUGCUCACUGUUAUGUGAUCCGAACCCCGAUGAUCCACUGGUGCCAGAAAUCGCUAGGAUCUACAAAACUGACAGAGAAAAGUACAAUGAAUUAGCCCGAGAGUGGACAAGGAAGUAUGCCAUGUGAUGAGUCUUAUGUGACAUCAGCAAAACAUUACACACACCGCCACAGCGGGGGGCACAACCUCCCCCAAACCCCCUCCCCCUCCCCCCACCCCCCAUCUGAUACCUUCCAAGCAAAAUAAAUUACUGGAUAUCCGUCAUCUACAUAACUAGAAAGCGAUUUUGAUUGUCUCUUGUACUGUUGAAUGCCGUUUAUUGCAACUAAGUAAAACGAUCCACCUCCCCAAUAUAGUUUCUGUUUCAUCUAAUGUGUAAGUGACAUUAUAAGAGAAUAAAAAUUGGAUUUGAGUUGAUUGAUGUGUCGGUAGAUGUCUUAUCGCAUACAUUCAUUUAGUUAAACGUUAGUUAAAUUUAAAUAAUUGGAAGAGAUGUAAUUCCUGAACGAUUUGUACUUUAACUAGAUCUAAAUUGCAUUGUGAAACUGUACAAUAGCCAUAUGUUUAGGAAAUGGAGCGUUCAUUGCUUAACACUUGUCCCGUUUAAAAGAUUUGUCAAUGAAUUGUAAGCCAUCGUUACGAACAUUCUGGUUAAUGUAAGUAAAUGGGAUUACUAAUGAGCUUGUUGACGAAGUUGAGUGAGUGUUAAUUUUUUUAAUUUUUUUUUUAUUAAGUUAGUAAAUUUGUAGCGUGCAGCUGAACAGACUGACAAUGAUUUCAGUGGUCAGUUUUCUUUCAUCCACAAUAUUUAAACGAUGGAAAGCGCUCCGACUAGUUACAUGUUUCAGUAUAAAUUACAGUGUAUCUCGUAAGGUAAUAAGUUACAAUUAAUCUAGACUUUUCAAUAUGGCGAUCUUUAUAUUAUAAUUUUAUCUAAUAUAUAUUGUGGUUGUAAGGAUUACCUGCGUUGUGAUUUCCGCGAACUCCUUCCCGCCAUCCUCAUUCCUUUUCGUUGUAUCAGCUGAGUCGUGGCGUGAGUGGCAAGGUAUGGUGUGUUAUUUUACAUUUGCGAGACGAAGCUUCUGUUAACUUGGUUCACACAGGAGCUUUUCAAACUGUAAUCGACAAGAUGUAUUUUAGCUUCACUAAAUUGUAAGAAACAAUAAAUUAUUGUGUAUGUAAAUAA